CUUUCACAUCGUGCCAGUAUUAGUCGUAACAUCACUCAUACAUCAUUUCCCCACUGCCCGCCUCCUUUCUUCUUCCUCUUUUCUUCCAUCUCUCACAACUACAUUCAAACCACUUCCUAAUCACUUCCCACUACCUUCUAAUUCACAAUGGGUGUCCUCGAGAAGCUGUCCCGCAAGACCGGUGUCAUCGUCGGUGAUGACGUUCUCCGUCUCUUCGAGUACGCUCAGGAGCACAACUUCGCUAUCCCCGCCAUUAACGUCACCUCCUCUUCCACCGUCGUUGCCUGUCUCGAGGCUGCUCGCGACCAGAACUGCCCCGUUAUCCUCCAGGUUUCCCAGGGUGGUGCUGCUUUCUUCGCCGGCAAGGGCGUUAGCAACGAUGGCCAGGCCGCUUCCAUUGCCGGUGGUAUCGCCGCUGCUCACUACAUCCGCAGCAUUGCCCCCAGCUACGGCAUCCCCGUCGUUCUCCACACCGACCACUGCGCCAAGAAGCUCCUCCCCUGGCUCGAUGGUCUCCUCGACGCCGACGAGGCUUACUUCAAGCAGCACGGCGAGCCCCUCUUCUCUUCCCACAUGAUUGAUCUGUCUGAGGAGCCUGUCGACUACAACAUCGACACCACCGCUAAGUACCUCAAGCGUGCUGCUCCCAUGAAGCAGUGGCUCGAGAUGGAAAUUGGUAUCACCGGUGGUGAGGAGGACGGUGUCAACAACGAGAGCGUUGAUAACAACUCCCUCUACACCCAGCCUGAGGACAUCCUCGCCAUCCACAACGCCCUCUCCAAGAUCAGCCCUUACUUCUCCAUUGCCGCUGGUUUCGGUAAUGUGCACGGUGUCUACAAGCCCGGCAACGUCCGCCUCCACCCUGAACUCCUCAGCAAGCACCAGGCCUACGUUAAGGAGCAGACUGGCUCCAAGAAGGACAAGCCCGUCUUCUUCGUCUUCCACGGCGGUUCUGGCUCUUCCAAGGAGGAGUACAAGGAGGCUAUCAGCUACGGUGUCGUCAAGGUCAACCUCGACACUGACAUGCAGUACGCCUACCUCAGUGGUGUCCGUGACUACGUCCUCAACAAGAAGGACUACCUUAUGUCAACUGUUGGCAACCCUGACGGCGAGGACAAGCCCAACAAGAAGUUCUUUGACCCCCGCGUGUGGAUUCGUGAGGGUGAGAAGACCAUGAGCAAGCGUGUCCAGGUUGCUCUUGAGGACUUCAACACUGCUGGCAAGCUCUAAAGCAGUUAUAUGACUUUGCAAAAUAUUUUGGACAUUCAUGAUUAUACAGAUAUGAGGCGACGAGAUACCAAUGAAAGUGUAUAGUCUUAAAAAGCAAAAGGUUGUUAGUAGAUUUGGAGAUGGCGUUGGCAUGGUGUAGGUAUAGUUUAAAACGAUAUCAAAAUUAUCGUUCAAA